AUGGGACGUUGGGACGUGAGUGAUGUCAAGCCUAUCGUCGGUGACAUCGAGCUACAGGACAUCCAUGACCCUGACAAUAGCUUGAAGGUUUUCAGUCAGCCCGACGAUGGAGAUACAAGCACCAUCGGAGAGGGAAUGUUCCACCCUGAAGCUGAAAAGAAAAGUACGAGGGCUAAAACCUUGCUUAAGGUCUUUAUUGCGGUAACAGUCGUCGCAGUCAUCUUGAUCGCGAUCAUCUGCCUCGUCAUCUUUGCUGGUCCAAAAAUAACAGGAACGACAACAAAGGCACCCACAACCGCGACGCCACCAGUUCCAACUGUCAUUCCUGGAGUAGUCGUCGGUGAUGUGGAUAUUGAAUUGUCUGCUACGCUGAACGGAGUUACAUUUAUUCCCGCGUACAAUGACCAGUCAUCGCCAGAAUACAUGGCUUUUGCUAGCAACGCAGAAACUCAGAUGAUGAACGGGUUACAGAAUGAUGAUCAGCUCGGUGGAUUUGUGACAAAUGUAACUGUGACUGGAUUGAGUCCAGGGAGUGUCGUUGUAGAUGCAAUGAUCAUGGUCUCAGGUGAUAUUGCAACGUCUUUAUUUACGGAUACUGAUCCAGACAACACAUCAGCUACAGACCUUCAACUGUUAUUAGCUAAUCAGGUGUCUGAUGCCACCAACGAAGCUGUCAUGACAUCUCUUUCCAAUAAUGAUGUACUUGGGUCCUCAGAUGUAACCGUUGAAGUAAACAAGGUGGGUGUUCCGAUAAACGUCAAUGGCGUGGAUCUACCAGAUACUGUAACGCCAGGAGAUCCUUGUGAGGAAGGAUUGUUUCGCUGCAAUGACGGUACAUGCAUCGAUGAAGCAGAUAGGUGUGAUUACAUCGAUCACUGUGACAUGGGAGAGGAUGAGCUCAACUGUGGUGCCUGUACGAGUAGACAGUUCAUGUGCGGGAACGGCAAAUGUAUACCAGACUACUUUGUAUGUAACUUCUACUUUGAUUGUCCAGACAUGGAUGAUGAGGUCGGCUGUGGAAAAGAAGAGAUAGAAAACAUUGUCCUCGUUGAAGGAACGUCAACGUUGGUUAGCACUCCAACAUAUCCUAACCCAUACCCUGCACAUGUCAACAGUUACUGGGCUGUCACCACGGAAAACCCAAACCAUAUUAUCCAACUCAACUUUCUUGAUUUCGACCUGAGCCUCGACUCAUGGCUGAACUUCGCAAAUGGAACUGAUCACGGCCUGCCAAUAAUCGAUCUUGCGUUUUAUUACUACCGCUUUGAUGUUAGUACAAUGCACGCAAUUCAAACCAACGCGGCGUUGAUGUUUUUCUUUGCCGGAAUUUAUCCCGGAGGCCGUGGCUUUCAAGUCGAGUUGAAUGCUGUAGAGCCAUCUUCACACAUGCCGCUUCCCUGUGCUCUAGGGCAAUACCAAUGCCCCAGCGAUGGGCAAUGUAUCCCCAGCUACUGGACAUGUGAUGGUAUCUAUGAGGAUUGUGUGGAUGGUGCAGACGAGGACGAAGGCUUUUGUGCAAGUCAACCUCCUCCAGGAGAGUGCGUAGAAGGCAACCAUCAGUAUAUGUGCCAAGAUGGCUCAUGCAUCCACGGUGCAUUCAAAUGUGACCACAUCCAAGAUUGUCCUGACUCUGAUGACGAACUUGACUGUCCAUGCGACGCGGAGAAUGCAUUUGAUUGUGGACCCGGUGACAAGUGCAUUCCCGAUUACUUCGUUUGUAAUUGGUUCUAUGACUGUUUUAAUAGGAAGGACGAAACAGCGUGCGGGUCAGCAGAAACCACAGACUCCAGAGUUUUAAGCCCAGGAGCGUCGAUGAAUUUUUCAACCCCCAACUAUCCAAAUGAUUUCGGCCGCAAUGUGUACUAUCUUUUCACCUUCGAAACAAACGUUGGAUAUCGAAUUCAGAUCGAUGUCUAUGACUUUUCCACCGAACUUGGAGGGUUUGUAACCAUAGGUGACGGACUCGAUCCAACCAAUCACAACUCUGGUCUCGUGGCCUAUCAUCACUUCAGCUCACCAAUAUCAGCGACGUCAUCAUCACGAUCAGUCUGGAUUGAGAUUCACGGAGGCCCGUAUGGAUUUGGUGUAUUCUAUGCGUCAGCAACCUCAAUACCGCUAACUUGUGAAGACGAUGAAUAUGCCUGUCCAGAGAUCUGUAUCCCUAUAGGUUUCCAAUGUGAUUUCUGGCAUGACUGUCGGUAUGGAGAAGAUGAAUUUGGGUGUGGCCACGAGGAGAAAGUUGAUGAGUACAUCCUUGACGCAAACAGAGUACAGCAAUUCACAUCACCUUUCUAUCCUACCCCCUAUGGGGGCGACAGAGCAUUUCACUUCUGGUCAUUUGAUGCAUCCGGCGUGGAAGGUGAUUAUGUUGUCAAGUUUACGUUCAACCCAUACGACAUCAGCAGUUCAUCGUACAUCGCAUUUGGCAGCGGCUUGGACUUCACAAAUCAGACCUCUGCAUAUGCUGUGUACGAAGGACAACGCGUUGAUCUUGAGCUCUAUAACCACUACUCGACCGAGAAGCAGGUCUGGGUAGAGUUCUAUACAGGGAUGGAUAAUGCUUCCUUUCCUGGAUUUUCUGCUUCUGCUGAACUCAUUCUACGCUCAGAUAUUCCUCUGAUUCAAUGCUUGCGUAAUGAGUAUGCCUGCAGUAAUGGAAUAGAUUGUAUUCCUGGACACUGGGAGUGUGAUGGCAUUCAUGACUGUCCUGACAGUGAGGAUGAAAUGAACUGCGCUGAAUGCACCGCAUACCAGUUUCAAUGUCCAGAGAAGUGCAUACCUUUGUCCUACGAAUGUGAUUUCUUUCCCGAUUGUGAGAAUUAUGUCGAUGAAAUCGAUUGUGGUCAUCCUCCUGUUGUUCACCACGAUAUUAUAGUGGGUGAUACUCCUGUUGAGUUCACCUCUCCAGGCUACCCUGAAAACUAUCCUGGCAACAACACCUUCUUCCCAUACACCUUCUCGACCUCUGACCCCAGCAAGCACAUCCAGUUUGAAUUCUCCGUCUUCCAGCUAGGCAUAAUAGCUAGUCUUUCGUUCGGCACCGGGCACGAUUAUUUUAACUCAUCAUCAUUCUUGGAUGUGUUCACCGCAAGGGUGCCUCCUACCACUUUUUACGCACCAUCGGACAGAGUAUGGGCGGAUUUCUAUACAGGUCUCGUGGCUGAUGAAGGAUUCUCGGCGACUGUCUCUACUUAUCCUGCUGGCCUCAUUCCUCCCAUGGUGACGUGUGAUUCCAACCAGUGGGCGUGUCAGGAUGGAUUGACGUGUAUCCCAGCAACCUACCGGUGUGAUGGACACCAUGACUGCCCGGCUAAUGGAGAAGACGAGCAUGGAUGUCCUUCAGCCUGCAGGGAGUACCAGUUUGAAUGUAAGAAUGGUGAAUGUCUACCCAUACAUUGGCAAUGCAACGGCAUUGAGCAGUGCUCUGAGGGAGAAGAUGAGGUUGGCUGCGGAUCUGAGGGAGAGUGCGGUGAUCAGCAGUUUAGGUGUAAUGAUGGGGCAUGUAUCCUGGCGCAUCAGAAAUGUAAUUACUUCCUUGACUGCCCAGACGGAUCAGAUGAGCUGCAGGCGGAGUGUGGAGUAUGCAACGAGUUUGACGAAUACACUUGUGACUUUGGUAACUGUAUCCCAAAUUACUGGCGAUGUGAUUUCUACUAUGACUGUGAUGGCGGAGAUGACGAGAUGGAAUGUCAUAUCCUCAACGAAGGAACCAACAUUACAUUGGAGUUAAUGCAGCAGGUCAACAUUACGUCACAGAACUGGCCUGAUUCGGCAGACGCUGCUAUCUACCAACUCUGGCAUAUCACCGCCCCAGAGGGGGCCCUAAUCCACUUUGACUUUGUUGACUUUGACCUGGGUGUCCAAUCCUUCAUGGUCUUCUCCGAUGGUCACACGGUGGCCGAUCAUUCCAACGAGUGGGCCAUCUACAUUUACCGAUUCAAUCCCGAACUCUUGCUCUCGCACAACAACACCAUCUCGGUCCAGUUUUACAGCGGGGCCUACGUGGGAACCAGGGGAUUCUUCCUAUCAAUGAGGGCAGUGCACGGAGGUCAUGUCCAUCCACCGUGUGCAGACACAGCUUACCAAUGUGCAGGGGAUCAAGAGUGUAUCCCUGCAUACUGGCAAUGUGAUAACUUUGAAGACUGCAUUCUGGGUGACGAUGAGGCCAACUGCACAGAUACCACACCAGGAGAAUGUGGUGUUCACGCAAAUGAAUACAAAUGUCAGGACACAGAGAUAUGUUUCCAUGCUGACUACAGAUGUGACUACGGAUCGGACUGUCCUAAUCACGAUGAUGAGUUCAACUGUACUUGCAAAGAGGGUGACUUCAAGUGUCCUGGAACAGGACAGUGCCUACCAGCUCACUAUGUGUGUGAUUUCUACUACGACUGCAUAGGAGGCGUGGAAGAUGAAACGGAAGGAUGCGGAACACCUUCCUCAAUAUUGCAACAGACCCUUGAAGUAGAAACGAUCUUCAAGAUUCAAUCGACCAACUACCCCGACUUCUACCCACCAAGGGACUAUCUGGUUUACAUCAUCACAGCUCCUCAGGACCAUGUUGUCCGUGUGAUUUACAAAGACUUUUCUAUCGACUGGAAGGGUUUCUUGGUGUUUGGCCAUGGCUCGGACUACACUGACCACGACCAGGUGUUCGCAGUUUACAACCAUCACGACGACCCAACGGAUUUGUACACACCGACCGAUAAUUUCUAUAUCAUCUUCCAUGGAGGGACCUAUGGGCAAUCCAAAGGGUUCGAUAUCGAUAUGAUCCCUAUUGAAAAAUCAGCUACUCCAACAGUGAUUCCACAAGGCACCUGUGAGCCAGGAGAGUUUGCUUGUUUUGACGGUGAUUGUUUGCCUGGUUACUAUGAGUGUGAUGGUCAGCAUGAUUGUACAGGUGAUGAAGACGAGGCCAGGUGUUACGCAAGUGGAGGUACGUGCCAGUCCCAUCAAUUCACUUGUGAUGAUGGUACUUGCAUCCAUGAGUCAUGGAGGUGCGAUGCAUACGUUGACUGCAGCAAUGGGGAAGAUCAACAGAACUGUGCAUGUGACCCAGACACACAGUUCACAUGUGAGUCAAACGGAGCUUGUAUACCAGCUCAAUGGCAGUGCAACUACUUUACUAAUUGCCCAGAAGGAGAGGACGAAUCAUCAUGCGGUUUAUGUGAAGAUGAUCAAUUCACCUGUGGUGAUGGCGCCUGUAUACCUACUUACUAUGUAUGUGAUGGCUACGAUGACUGCUUUACGUCGGAUGAUGAAAUGGACUGUGGAACAGUGGAGAACACAGAGCACCUCACAUUAAUUACGGGUGAAGAGCGUCAGAUCCAAUCCCCAGGUUACCCUUCACCACACGACACCCUCUGCUACUACCUCUGGGUCAUCACGGUGCCAGAAGGACUCUACGUCCACGUUAUCUUCAACGACUUCUCUGUCAGCCUCUGGACGUAUCUCUCCCUCGGGACAGGCCCCGACCCAGACAACAGCACCUCGCUCUAUGCCGUCUACUACCAUCGUACCACUCCUAACGAGGCUGUCAUCCCCAGCAAUGUUGCCUGGUUGGACUAUCACUGCGGUCACUACGCAAAUGGCAGAGGGUUUGACCUGACUGUCACUACGACAGACAUUAGCACUCAUGUGUUUCCAGACUGUUCAGAAGGGCAAGUGCAGUGUUACGAUGGGCAUUGUAUUGAAAGCCACUGGUUGUGCGACACAGAAAAAGACUGCUCAAUGGGAGAAGACGAAGGAGACGGAAGACUUGCUAACUGUACUGCCUACGAUCGCAGAGCAUGUGGUAACCAUGACAGCGAGUUUGAGUGUGACGAUGGGACAGGAUGCAUUCAUGCAAGCUUUGUUUGUGACAGUGUCUAUGACUGUCCAUUCACUGGUAGUGAUGAACUCAACUGUCCAAGGGAUUGUACUGUUCAUGAGUUUGAGUGUCCUGGUCGUCAGUGCAUCCCAAAGACCUUAAGAUGUAACUUCUUUACUGAUUGUUUGCUUGGUCAAGACGACGAGCUCAACUGUGGAACGCCACAAAAUACAGAAUAUAUCUUCUUGGAUGGAAACACCACAAUGCUGAAGUCAAUGAAUUUCCCUGAUGACUAUCCAAAGAACGAGUACACAGUGACCCAUGUUUCCACGGUUCCAGGAAAGGUGAUUAACGUGACGUUCAACACACUUGAGCUCAGCCUCUUGUCCUACCUCGUCUUUGGCAAUGGCACAGAUACUCAUGACUUUAGUCAGAUCUUUGAGGUCUACACGCACAAGACUUCAUUCCCACCUAGUACCCUUUCAAUCGGUCAUGAGCUCUUCAUCGAGUUCUUUUCAAACAUCUACGGGGGCUCACAAGGAUAUGAUAUUACCCUUGAGGCAGUCGACGCCCCACCUGAUGUGCCAUUCCCUCCGUGCGCUGAUGAUCAGUUCCAAUGUGAGGGUGAUGGGGAAUGCAUACCAUUAAGCUUUCUUUGUGAUCAGGACCAAGAUUGCGGAGAUAACAGCGAUGAAGUGAACUGUGAAGAUCUAUCAUGUGGGCCUGAUCAAUUUGAGUGUUAUUGGACUGGCCAGUGUAUACGUCAGGAUUCGGUAUGCGACGGUCUUUCUGACUGUUUUUAUGGAGAAGAUGAAGAGGACUGUGGUUUUACCUGCUAUCCUUGGCAGUUCGCAUGUGAGGAUCGAACGUGUAUACCAAUAAAUUGGGCUUGUGACUACUACCCUGACUGCCCCAUUGGCGAAGAUGAAAGAUCUUGUGGUGCAUGCGAAGAAGGGUUCUUUAACUGCACUGACGGGGCCUGCAUUCCAGACUACUAUGUUUGUGAUGCAUAUAAUGACUGCUUCACAGAGGUAGAUGAGGAUAGCUGUGGUAAUCCAAGUAACACUGAGCAAAUCACCCUUGGUCUUGGAGAAGAACGAUCCAUCCAAUCUCCCGGCUACCCCGAGGCUUCUCAACAUGACUCACUAUGCUAUGUGGAAUGGAUUGUCACCGUUCCGGAAGGCUACGCCCUUCAUCUCGUCUUCAACGACUUCUCGGUACCCAUCCACGCCUGGUUGCGAAUCGGGACCGGUGCGGACGCUGACGAUGAUUCCAGUCGCUAUGCUGUCUACUACACUCGUACAAACCCUAGAGAGGUAGUCGUUCCUGACAGCACCGCAUGGAUCUCGUAUCACUGCGGAUUGAACGGGAUGGCCAGAGGUUUCGACAUUACUCUAAGACCAACAAAUCAAACAACUCACAACUACACUACCUGCAUAGCGGGAGAAUUCCAGUGCAACGAUGGCCACUGUAUCCCGUCUCACUACCUGUGUGACACAUACAAGGACUGUUCAAUGGCUGAGGAUGAGGAACAUGCCCUGGGACGCGUCAACUGUUCAACCUUUGAUCACGAUGCAUGUGGAACUCACGAGGCAGAGUUUCGAUGUCCUCUUGGUCCAUGCAUCCAUGGAGAUUUUAGAUGCGAUGGCAUUUUUGACUGUCCAACAGCCGCGGACGAACUCCAGUGCCCAACUCCAUGCGGAGAAACAAUGUUUGAGUGCCCCAACCAACAAUGCAUCCAUGGAACUAGAAGAUGCAAUUUCCUAGUGGAUUGCUUGAGUGGUGACGAUGACGAACGCAACUGUGGAACACCAGCGAAGACAACAAAUAUCUAUCUGAGUCAGAACUCCAUGAACAUAACCUCACCAAACUACCCUGAUGACUACCCACAAAAUGAGUACUACGAGAUAUUAAUCAGAACCGAUCCUGGCCGUGUGAUCCGCAUGAGCUUCUACGAUGUGGAUCUCAGCCUAAACACCUACCUGGCCUUUGGACACGGGAGCGACACCGAGGAUUUUAGCGCUCUCUUUGAGGCGUAUACCCAUCGUUCGGCCGUGCCUGCGCUGCUCACUUCUCUCACCAACGAGAUCUUUGUGAAGUUCCAUACAGGGGUUUAUGGAGGCUCUGGCGGAUAUUUCAUCGGUUUAGAAGAUGUUGAUUCAUCAGACAUGACUUUUCCACCCUGUGAUGAAGAUGAGUUCCAGUGUCCCAGUGAUGGGGUAUGCAUUCCUGCUACAUAUGAAUGUGAUCUCAUCAAUGAUUGCGGAUUCGGUGGCGAUGAACUCAACUGCCAGGCGCAAGGAGGUACUUGUCAGCCUCAUCAGUUCACAUGUGAUGAUGGCCAGUGCAUCCAUUGGUAUUACCAAUGUGACGCCUUUACUGACUGUUUAGAUGGAAGCGAUGAAGCACGCUGUCCUUUCCAUUGCCCAUAUAGCUACCAAUUUGCCUGUUACAACAGCUCACAGUGUAUCUUCCAGCCUCAAGUUUGUAACCACAUCGCUGACUGUGACAUGGGCGAAGACGAGGCCGACUGCGGUCCAUGUGAUGAUGGUUUCUUUACCUGUUCAAAUGGGGGCUGUGUACCAGACUACUGGAAGUGUGAUGGAGAAAAUGAGUGCUUUGACGGUGGUGACGAAGUCGACUGCGGUACCGUCGGAACUAUCUAUAACUUAAAUGUAGGCCAGAAUGAAGUAAAGGAAAUCACUUCCCCAGGUUACCCAAUGCGUUAUGAAGCUGGCUGCUAUGUCGGGUGGCAAGUCACUGUUCCUGCUGGACUUUACGUCCGCUUCCUAUUCGGGACCUUUGACAUUGCCCUUUAUUCUUAUGUUACCAUGGGAACCGGCCUUGACCACAGUGAUCAGGACACACUGGUGUCCAACUACCACCACCGCCAUGUUCCAAGGCAACGUGUCAUCCCUAGCAACCAGGCUUGGAUUGAAUUCCACUGCGGAGCAAUCGGAGGUGGACAAGGUUUCAGGAUCGAGGUUUCUGCAAUCAAUCCAGACAACUACAUCCACCCAACAUGCAGUAGCGACGAGUAUCAGUGCAUGGAUGAUUCUUGUAUAGAGACCUUUGACCUUUGCAACGGAGCAAAGGACUGCUUGGGAGGGGAAGAUGAGGAACAUAACUGUACUACUUUUGACCAUUAUGAUUGUGGCACCCACGAGAACGAGUUCUUCUGUGAAGCUGGGCUCUACUGCAUCCAUGCUGAUUUCAGGUGUGAUGGGGUACUCGAUUGCCCCUUCGGAACUGAUGAACUCAACUGCGAAUGCAGUGCUGGUGAAUUUGAAUGCCCUGAUAUUAAGCAGUGCAUUCCUGGAGCAUUUAUCUGUGAUAAUUUUGUGGAUUGUUUGCAAGGAAAUGGAGACGAUGAAUUGAAUUGUGCCAAUCCAAAUAAUACGAUGACAUAUGAUCUGACUGACCCGAUGAACAUUUCGUCUCCCAACUACCCCAAUGACUACCCGGUGCAUGAUUACACAGUGACCUACAUCACCGUACCCGAAGGCAUGUUAGUUCGGGCACGAAUAUUAGACUUCGAUCUCAGCAUCGCGUCUAUUGUACUCUUCAGGAACGGUCAUGAUACCGAAUCAGGGGAGUCCGAUUUCAUCAGAUCAUUCACCUCUGAUUCAGAAGUUAUCCUGGGAGAGACGGAGGUACUUUCAGAGGGCAGCAACACGAUGUCUAUUGAAUUCCACUCAAAUUACUUCAGUCAAUCACGUGGUUUCCUCAUUGAGCUGUCAGCUGCGGAAGAACCAUCAUGUGCCAGUGAUGAGUUUACAUGUGAACUUGGUGGGUGCAUCAAUUACAGCCUCACAUGUAAUUAUUUGUUUAAUUGCCCUGCGACUGAUGACUACUCGGAUGAAGGAAGUAUUUGUACAGCACCGGAAGGAGGUGACUGUGGUCCGAUGCUGUACACCUGUAACGAUGGCCAGUGUUUUACCCUCAGUUACGUGUGUGACUUUUGGCCAGACUGUUCAGCAGGAGAAGAUGAGUCGGACUGUCCGUAAUUCAUCAAUCGCAUCGACGUGGGUGGGGUCAAAUGUCAACAAGAGAAUAAUAACACAUUUUCCCUGCAUUACUGAAAUAGCCCCUCCCCCCCCCCCCCC